AUGUCGCAGAAAACACCAACAAGGGAUCGGAAAUCCGUGAGCAAAAACGUAACCCUCGUUCCAGACUCUGUCGCCAUAAUCUUCUCGCCCAUCCCGCCCAAACCCUCGGCGGGCGGAGAGACCGAUGCCUCGGCGGCGACCAGCUCGCAUCACCGGCACACGGCCAGGAAUGGAAAGGAACUUUUCAAGGAGUUACAACGGGAAAAUAAGCACAGUGUUUGGAAUAAAGCGUUGGCGGAAAGCAUUCGAGGACUAAGCCUUGUUGGAACCCUCGAGCCUUGGACCAUUCUUGUUAGAGGAGAUGAAGAGCAGUUGGAUUGCCUCCGCUCUGCUUACUCCAGAAGAGUGCUGAAACCUCCAAGGAAUUUCACCAUCUCAAAUCUAGGUAAGAUCGUUUAUCCCAAAUUAGACGUUUCCAAGUUGACCAUUAUUGUCAGUUAG